UUUUAUGUAAGACAGUUCUUUGUACUAAUUGAACACAACAUCCAUUAGUCAUUAAUUCAUCUAAUUUAUUAUUUGUUCAAAUACGUUUUUGGAACUAGACGCGCUUACUCAACAUGUUCAGUUUCUUGCUAGUUGUUCUGUACGCAAGAGGAUUUGUAGCUGAAAAUGGGCCAUUUGUCCUGACUUCUUUAGGUCCAAUAAGAGGAUUCUAUAAGUCAUCAUUUCAUGGUCGUAAAUUUUCGGCAUUUGAGGGAAUUCCAUAUGCAAAACCCCCGGUCGGCGAUUUACGAUUUGAGCCGCCUCAAAAUGCGUCGCCUUGGAAUGGUGUAUUAAACGCUAAUAAACAGUACAUCUGCAUGCAAUUGGAAAACGCAAUGAUUACCGAUGAUGCUACCAUAGGUAGGGGUCUACAUUUUUUUGAUUUUUUCUAUUAUCUGGUUACAGGCACCGAGGAUUGUCUGUACUUAAAUGUUUACGUACCUAAAACACAAAUUUCGACCGAUGACAAUUAUGAUGUAAUAGUUAAUAUUCAUGGAGGAGCGUUUAUGUUUGGAUCCAGUACAUCAUACGCAGGUCCCUGUCCGUUAAUGGACCGCGAAAUAAUUUAUGUGAACAUAAAUUAUCGCGUAGGUAUUCUAGGGUUUUUAAGCACAGAAGAUAAUGUCGUACCUGGAAACAAUGGAUUGAAGGACCAGCAACAAGCCCUUAAAUGGGUACAAACGCAUAUAAAGCAAUUUGGUGGUAAUCCAAAAUCAGUAACUCUCAUGGGGGCGUCAGCUGGUGGAGCUGCGGUCCAUUUGCAUUAUUUCUCCCCGAAAUCUAAAGGUUUGUUCCAUAGAGGUAUAUCUCAAAGUGGAACUGCCCUAAUGUCGUGGGCCAUUCAGGACGGUGCCGCGCAGAAAGCAAGAAAGCUGGCAACGAUUUUGAACUGCGAAGAUUCGAAUACACAAACUUUCAUUAAGUGCCUGAAAGGCGUACCUGCAGAUAAACUCGUGAAACAAACGAAAUUGUUUUACCAGGUUGCGCGAUUGCCAGUUUCGCCCUUUGCGCCCGUUGUAGAAGUAGAGUCGGAGUCAUCUUUUCUAACAAAACAUCCGUACAAGCAGCUGGAAGACAGUGAGGUGAACGAUAUCCCUUGGUUGACAUGGGUUACAAAGGACGAAGGAAAUUUAGUAUCUAUUAUUCUGAACAAAAAUCUAAAUGAAGUGGAAACACACUGGGCAGCAUGGGCUGAACAUUUAUUUGAUUAUGAAUACGUUUGCUUGGAAACGAAAAAGCAUGACGUGUCUGAACGGAUUAAAUCGUUUUAUUUUCAAAAUGAACAAAUGCCUAAACGUUACACCAGUUUAUUGCUUAAGAGCUUUGGCGAUAGAUUAAUUAAUGUCGGCUUUGAAACUGCAGUUCAAAUGCAGGUGAAAGUUACAAAUUCAUCCGUAUAUGCAGCCAUUUACGGUUACAAUGCGGGUGUUACUCUCAGUACAAUUUUUGGAGUGGGCUUGGAAGGGACCACGCAUGGUGACGACACAUUGCUUUUACAUGGCAUAGACGCAAUUCAAUCAAUGUUUCCACACAUACAAUUUUCCAAAAACGACGUUUUAAUGAAGGAUACGUUACUUGACCUUCUUACAUCAUUUGUAAUCAACGGCAAACCACACUGCAGGGGAGUGGAGUGGAAGCCGUUAACCUCUAAGAGUUACCAAUAUUUACUCAUUAACAAUAGCGAUAAUAUUAGUAUGUCGGAAAUACCCGAAUUAAGCCCAAAGGGAUUUUGGGAGGCUUUGAAUUUACGGGAAAAUAAACUAUUUUCGGAAAAACUACCAACUUUGUAGUGGACAUUGUGCUUACAGUUGAAUAAGUUCUUUUCUUAGUCACAGACAAGUUAUUCGUCAAUAAAUGUAUUGAUAUAAAUAGCAGUAGCAGUACAAUUUAAGACUGAUUCAGUUUU